UCGAUUGGUGCGAUCACCGUCGGUUGCUUGACCGGAUACAAAUGCGACCGAUGAGCAAACCAAUUCAUUUCGGAGUUGGUGAGGAAGGAUAGAAGUGAAGUACUAGUACAUGUAGAUCUUCAAGGUAGCCUCUCAUCUCUCUAGCUAGCAAACUGAAGACUCAUAUACCGGUAUUUGGGUAGGCCAGAGGAGCGGUAACUGGAUAGGCGAGACCAAUCUCUUCGAGCAAGCAAGCAAGUGGAACCAUGACGAGCUAUUAUUUUCAUUGUUGCCUUCUGUUUCUGUUGCCUGCAUUUUGUCAGGCGCAAUGCGGUGUGAGUCGACGCCGUCCUUGGCGAUCCCUGAGCUGUGGCGAACAGGAUCAAUUUCUCAAUGCCCUUCGAGCCCUCAAAGCAUCGGGGGUAUACGAUGACAUUGCCCGCGUUCAUUGGCUUACCGGUGGAGCGGCUCACAAUGUGCCCGCCUUUCUUCCGUGGCAUCGAUACUACCUGUGGGUCUUUGAACAGCAGCUCCAACGAGCCAGUGGCACGUGUGUUACCGUUCCCUUUUGGGAUUGGGAACGGCCGGAUUCUCUCGAGACCGUCUUUCGAGGAGGGACCUUUGGAAGCCAGAAUGGCGGAGGUUGCGUGGACAGUGGUGUGUCCCAGGGUUGGAAUUCCCAGGUGGAAGGAUGUCUGCGACGUGAAUUCAAUCGACGGUGGACCUUCUCGAGAGAUGUCGAGGUGCUCAGUCGCAUUACCAACUCCAACAAUUUUGCUUCCUUCUCUGUGGAACUGGAAGGGGCUCCUCAUGCAUCGGUGCAUCAGUUUAUAGGAGGACAAAUGAGAAAUACGUUCAGUUCCGAAGAUCCUCUAUUUUGGCUCCAUCAUGCCAAUGUCGAUCGCAUUUGGGCAUUGUGGCAAAACUAUCAAGGACAUCACAAUCUGGGUCCAGAGGAUUACGAGUGGGAGCACUACCACGCCAAUCUCGAUUCUCAACUUACGAUAAAUGGCGACAGAGGAGGAUACUUUGAUCGCCCAUCAAUACGACAGGUUUUGUCCAAUCGGGGACUCGUCAAUGUCCAAUACAUGGAUGACAAUUUGGCACGAAACUUGAUUCAAACCAGUGGGCAGUUUGCCCAAUCGAUCAAUGAAGGGUGGAACGUGCCUGUUCGAGCCAACGAGCAGUGUAAUGGAAACAACAAUAUCGGUGGUGGUGGUAACAACAACAACAAUGGAGGGAAUCAAGGAGGUCAAGGGAACCAACAAGGGCAGGGCCAGGAUCAACAACAAGGGCAAAAUCAAGGCCAGGGACAGCAGGAACAGGAACAACAACCACUCUGCCUUGCAACAGAUGACCCAUGUUUGCGAAACAACCAAUGCUGCAGUGGCCAAUGUUGGCGGGGAGAGUGCUGGGAUGAUGGCGGCAAUGAGGAACUGCCAAACUGUCUUGCGCCAGAUGAACCAUGCGUUCAAAAUCGCCAAUGUUGCAGUAGCCAGUGUUGGAGGGGAGAAUGCUUGGACGAUGGCAGCAAUCAACAACCGCAGCAGCAACCUCCUCAGCAAUCUGAGGAACAGACAACAUGUCGAGAGAUUGAACAAGCAUGCAACAGCCACGAUCAAUGUUGCAGCGGCCGGUGCCGACAAGGAGAGUGCUGGUCCAAUGAAAUCAAUAAUGGUGGAAAUCAGCCAAGCUGCCGAGAACUAUUGCAAGGUUGUAACCAAAACUCGCAGUGCUGUAGUGGACAAUGCGUACAAGGAAGUUGUUGGGACCUGAGUGUAGGCAACACCCCGCAAGAUAAUGAAGACCAACAGGCACGAACCUGUGGACUGGCAGGUAACCAAUGCAGGCGCAACAGACACUGUUGCAGCCGCUGGUGCCAAAGUGAUGGAACGUGCCGAGGCGAUGGCGGCGACAACAACAGCCAACAGCAGGAGGCACAACAGGGGGGAACUUGCAGAGAAGGGGACGAACCCUGCACUCGCAAUUCGCAUUGCUGCAGCCGCGCUUGCCGAGCGAGGACAAUGACCUGCCGUAGCCAAAGGCUACGUCGGGUCACUGCCAAUAAUGAAUAUUGGCAAAUUCCAUCUCAGGCGCCUGAGACCAAUGAAUAUUGGCAAACAAAGGAUCCUGUGAGUGGUCUUGAUGAACCGGAGUUGUCCAGCAUGGAACUGGACUCAAGGUGGCAUGAACUCAUGAACCUCUACAACGGGACUCGUCCAGAUUUGAUUUUUGAAAUCCUGGGACGAGAGGAUUGCGAGAAUCGAAGCGUUGCAGCAAAUCAUACCAUUGAAUCAGCGAGCUCUGAAUGGAUUCAAAGCUUGCACCUGCCGAACGAGACAAUGCAUACAUAUGACUGUCACUAUCUUAUUGUUCAUGGCACCGAAAACUGAUUUCUUCUUAAAGACACAAGGGGCUUUGCUUUGCUGGUUCUUCUGUGAAGGACAAAGACCAAAAGAGGAUGCCUUUAGCAGCGUGGCAAGUUCUAUAGAUUCUACAUAAUGCCCCAAGAUAUGACUUCUUGAUGCCUUAGCAUCUAAUACUCCGGCUUUGGGCUCAUGGGUCCUCAAGCACUUCUUAUCUGAAUCGAAUCCGUCAAUAAACCUUUGACUUUGUUUUUGUGUUAGAAGGAGGCGGUUUUGCUUUCGAUGCUUGAAAGGGCUCAAAGAACACACGGAGAAUUGAAUUUCAAUCUCCUUAUUAAUGACAGCUGAGCCAAGGACAGUUGUGGUGCUACAUUUACAUUGGUACCAGGUUAGCCAUUGCCAAAUCUUCGGGGAAAACAGCACAAUCAUUACAUAAACGAAAUCUAAACCUUUAUUUGCACAACACUGAGCAAUCCUUCUAUUGGCAAGAGCUCAAAUGUCCCUUUGUCGGCUUACUAGUACCGUUGCUGGUGCAAAAUGCCCCCAUGAUAUCGCCAGCUACCACCUGCAGUCAGAACGGACUCGACUCUACUCAUCUCUCAACAUUGAUAAUUGACCUUGAAUCGUCUAUGCAGGAAAAUCAGACAUGUGCGAAACCAAAGAAGCUUUCAUUUCGCUCGGCAAAGAGACUGCCGAAUCGAAUCGUUAGGCUUGCCUAGAGUAGCAUUCCACACCGCAAGAAUGGCAGGGAUCCUCCAAGUAGAAACAACACAUCAACUCCACGAGUUCUUUCAAUGGAAAACUACGGGUACACACUUCAAACUACGCGGAAACACUCUCAAUGACAGCCAGUACGGCAUCUGGGUGCACGCCUUCCCGUAGCAACUCCACAAUUGCCUUGAGUGCCGGUGUUGACAGUCCAGUAUCCAGCCGAUUGGAUAGUGCUUGGACCAGCUGCAACAACCUUGCCUCCUGUUCUUCAUCUUCUGGAGAAUUCAUCUUCUAAUCUUGCUAUCUCCACAGUAAAAGGCAAGCUGCCACUGUCCGCUGUUGUGGUCGUUUUGUCUUGAGAGUGGUUGCGGUUGUGGUGAUCCGCCAAUGGGGCUCUUUGGUAACACGAGGGGUGUUGUUGCCCCCCGCAAAGUGUGGAUCCAUCGUACACCCCCUACC